UCUAUAUGUUACUGUGUUCCAGGUUCUUUGGCACAGUGGACAGCGUGGAUGCCGAAGGAUAUUUCCACAAUGAGGAACUCCUGCGUUGUGAUCCCGUGCACUUUCAUGUACCCCUCCAGCGUCCGGCCCUAUGGGGUCCAUGGCAUCUGGUACUUUGGGCAGCCCUACCCAGAGCUGUACCCGCCCGUGGUGUUCAAAUCCAGGACAGAGAUCGUUCACGAGAGCUUCAAGGAUCGCACCAAGCUGCUGGGCGACUUGAAGCAACGCAACUGCACCCUGCAGAUCAGCAACAUCGGGAUGGAACACAGCGGAAAAUAUUACUUCAGAGCUGACCUGGGCAGCUCCAAUGUCUACACCUACCCCGAUUUCUCAGAAGUCAAAGUUUUGGACCAGCCUAUCAUUAACGUGCCUGAGGAGGUGGUCAGUGAUUCACCUCUGGAUGUCACCUGCUACGUACCUGAUAACUGCCCCGACAUGACCCCAGAGAUAAAGUGGUUUAACAUUGAGGGGCUGGAGGAUCCGGAAAUCUCCAAUGACUAUGUGGAGGACAGCAACACAGCCGUCAUGGCCACUGUAUUGAGCUUCACCCCCUCCUACUUCCACAAUGGAAAGGUCCUGGGCUGCCAGGUCCAGUAUCCCAACACCUCGCUGUCCUACCAAAGACUCAUCUCCUUAGACGUGAAAUAUGCCCCCCGGGAGGUUGAGGUGAAUGAGUCCCUGGAGGUGAUGGCAGGCAGCAAUGUCUACCUGUCCUGUAUGGUGGACAGUAACCCACCACCGAGGAUCACCUGGCUUCAGGAGGACACCUUGGUGUGGGAAGAGACGGGCCAGAACUCCACCCUGGUGCUGAUGGGGAUAAAGCCUGACCAGGAAGGGCUCUACACCUGCAUUGCAGACAAUGACUAUGGGAGCAGGAACCAAUCAUUUUACCUCGCUGUCAAAUUCCCUCCGCGUGAUCCCUCUGUGAACUCCUCCCUCACAGUCCUGGAAGGCAGCUCCGUCGUUCUGCACUGCAACACGGAAGGGAAUCCGAUGCCCACGCUCACGUGGUUCAAAGAUGGGACCCUCAUCAGCAACAUAGUGGCGUCAGACUUGAGUUUACUGGAGAUCCCCAACAUCUCCUAUGAGGGGGACGGGGAGUACCGCUGCCUGGCUGAGAACGAGCACGGCAGAGCCAGCAGCUCCGUCAACAUCACUGUGGAAUACGCACCUGUAUUUCUGCCAGAGUCCAAAUGCAUGCUGAUUCGAGAUGGCAUUCAAUGCGAGUGCAUAGCAUCAGCGAACCCUGAGCCAGCGAUCCAGUUCCACCUCCCUGACCUCAACAUCACAAUCAACGAGACGGAGAGCCAGUUCAAUUACUACUCCCACACAGACGGCUACAUGACCACCAGCAUGAUCAAGCUGAAGGAGAAGCCUUCCUCGGGGCUCCACGUCUUGUGCACCGUCUCCAACAUGUAUGGGACAGAAACCGUCAAGCUGGAACUGCAGCAGGAAAAAAAGUUCAUUUUGGCCGUGGUUAUCGGCGCCGUAGGAGGCGUGGCCGUUAUUGCUUUCAUCAUUGUGGCUGUGCGCUAUAUCAGUCACAGUAACCAGAAGUAA